AUGAGGACAGCCACAGCGCCAGCAACAGCAAUGCCAGCAAUGGCUCCACUGGAUAAGCUGCCUCCAGACUGGGAGGGAGAGGUUGUAGGCUCACUAAGAGUUGACGUGGGAGGAGUUGGAGAGGGUGUGGGCACUGGUGAUGGGGAGGGUGCUGGCGAUGGGGAGGUUGUGGGCACUGGCAAUGGGGAGGGUGUGGGCACUGGCAAUGGGGAGGGUGCUGGCACUGGUGAUGGGGAGGGUGCUGGCACUGGUGAUGGGGAGGGUGCUGGCACUGGUGAUGGGGAGGGUGCUGGCACUGGUGAUGGGGAGGGUGCUGGCACUGGUGAUGGGGAGGGUGCUGGCACUGGUGAUGGGGAGGGUGCUGGCACUGGUGAUGGGGAGGGUGCUGGCACUGGCGUUGGGGAUGGUGCUGGUACUGGCGCUGGGGAGGGUACAAUUAUGCAAUCAGACAUGGUGACAACGGUGGUUCCGAUGAAAGUGGUUGUGGGAACAGGGAGAGGAGGCAAAGGAAGGCAGUGA